CAAGGCCUGGAGUUUCCUCCCCGCCCCCUCUCCGGGAAUUGUACUUCUCCAGUGUACCCCGAGAAGAGCUGAACUGAAGCAAGAUGGUUGGGGGCCGUAUCACCAGGAUGUCUGUCUACGAUGUGCGUUUCCCGACCUCUCUUGGAGGCCACGGGUCCGAUGCCAUGCACACUGACCCAGACUAUUCUGCAGCCUAUGUCGUAAUAGAGACAGAUGCAAAGAAUGGACUCAAGGGAUAUGGAAUCACCUUUACUUUGGGGAAAGGAACUGAAGUUGUGGUCUGUGCCGUAAAAGCACUUUCCCAUCAUGUGCUUAAUAAAGACCUUGGAGAUAUUGUUAGAGACUUCAGAGGAUUCUACAGGCAACUCACUAGUGAUGGACAGCUCAGAUGGAUUGGUCCAGAGAAAGGCGUUGUGCAUUUGGCUACAGCAGCUGUUUUGAAUGCAUUGUGGGACUUGUGGGCCAAGCAGGAGGGAAAGCCCCUUUGGAAAUUACUUGUUGACAUGGACCCCAAGCAGUUAUUAUCCUGCAUAGAUUUCAGGUACAUCACAGAUGCCUUAACUGAAGAGGAAGCCUAUGAAAUACUGAAGAAGGGGAGCAUUGGCAGAAAGGAAAGAGAAGAACAGAUGUUGGAAUGUGGUUACCCUGCAUAUACUACUUCCUGUGCCUGGCUGGGUUACUCUGACCAGCAGUUAAAGCAGCUAUGCAGUGAAGCGCUCGAGGAGGGCUGGACAAGGUUUAAAGUAAAAGUUGGUGCUGAUCUUGAAGAUGAUAUUCGUAGAUGCAGAAUUAUAAGAGACAUGAUUGGGCCUGAAAAGAUUAUGAUGGUGGAUGCCAACCAGCGAUGGGAUGUGCCAGAAGCAGUGGAGUGGAUGUUAAAGUUGGCCGAAUUUAAGCCACUGUGGAUUGAGGAGCCAACUUCCCCUGAUGAUAUUCUUGGACAUGCCACCAUCUCUAAGGCCUUAGCCCCAUUAGGAAUUGGUGUUGCAACAGGAGAACAGUGCCACAAUAGAGUGAUAUUUAAACAGCUGCUACAGGCUGACGCCCUACAGUUUCUCCAGAUUGACAGCUGCAGACUGGGAAGUGUCAAUGAAAAUCUCUCUGUGUUACUGAUGGCCAAAAAAUUUCAAAUUCCUGUUUGCCCCCAUGCUGGAGGAGUUGGCCUUUGUGAGUUGGUACAGCAUUUAAUAAUAUUUGAUUAUAUUUCAAUAUCUGGAAGCCUUGAAAACAGGAUGUGUGAAUAUGUAGAUCAUCUGCACGAACACUUCAAGUAUCCUGUAGUAAUCAAAAAAGCCUCUUACAUGCCUCCUAAGGAUGCCGGCUAUUCCACAGAAAUGAAGGAAGAGUCUGUAAAGAAGCACCAGUUUCCAGAGGGUGAAGUUUGGCAGAAGCUCAUGGCUACUCAGCAAAAUUAAGUUUUUAGCCUAACUAUGGCUUUUCCCCCUAGUACAGAUGAAUUUUUAAUGAGGGAGAGGGGAGGGAAGCUUGUCUGAUUUGAUAUAUCAAAAUAGCAAUUCUCCAAAUCACCACCAAGAUUUAACCAUUCAGAUAAAUGUCUCAGGUAUCAUUCUCAGUGAUCUGAGCCAUAUUCUUUGAUUAUUUUCUUAAAGAGGAAGUAGAUUAUCACGUAUGCUAAUGUUUCCAUGUAGUAUUGGCACUUAAAUGUUAAACAGUAUUUUAAGAAAUGUUAUUUUGUCAGAACAUUUCUGCUAUUCUUUGCUGUUUCUACAAAUGUAUCAAAGAAAACAAAAAAAAGACAAGCCCUGAAAUAUAUUCCUGGUAUGGUAUUUGAUAUAGAAGCAAGGGCAAGACAAGAACACUGAGAUUUCAGAGGCGUUUUUGAGCAGCUCCUCCUGGUCUCUACUGUUUAUUAGAAAACGCAAGUGAGGGAAAGCUAGUCCCCUUUCCUUCUUUUAACAUGUAUCUUCCCAAGAAUUGACUGUGUGCCAUGGGACUUAAAAGAAAGUGACACUAUCUCCUAAGUGACAUCUCUAUCUGAAUGGGUAAAUCAGCCAGGUCUAAAUGGAAAGAUUCAUUACAAUUCCCUAAUUAAACCAUAACAAGGAAGCUUGGGAAAUGAUGGGAAAUUUCCACAAUUGUGUUCCAAUAUUGAUUGCUUGAAUUUUAUGCUAAGAAAAAUGCCAACAUGUUUUAAAACGUCUUGUAUGGAUAAAAGGUCAAGUAAAUCUUAUGACAUUUAUUCAGUAGUCCAUAA